AUGAAGGACGCAUCGGUAGAGCCCGUGAAGCUCGCGUCGGCCGGGAAGCUUACCAACGGCCAGGUCAAGGGCUGGAGGGAACAUCUCGACGAUGACGACCAGGCCGUCCUGGCACUGCGGAAUUUCAUCUUCGACAUCUGCAACCAGAAUGGCGGCGGUCACGGUGGCUCGGCCAUUGGUAUGGCGGCAAUUGGUGUUGCUCUGUACAAGUACGUGAUGCGAUAUAACCCGUCGAAUCCAGAAUGGUUUGAUAGGGAUCGCUUCGUGCUCUCCAAUGGCCACACGGCGAUGUUUUUGUAUGCCCUGAACCAUCUUGUUGGUUAUGACGCUUGGACUAUGGAUGAAAUCAAGGGGUAUGGCAGCGCCAAGUUAGAAGGUUAUACCACGCUCUGCCACGCCCACCCGGAGGUUGAAGUCCCAGCAAUAGAGGUCACCACGGGACCGCUGGGUCAGGGCAUUGCCAACGCGGUCGGGCUUGCCAUUGCGUCCAAGAACCUUGCUGCGCGUUACAACCAGUCUGGCUUCAACGUCGUCAGCUCUCGCGUGUACUGCAUGACCGGCGAUGGUUGCCUGAUGGAGGGAGUUGCACUCGAAGCCAUGUCGUUGGCAGGAAGUCUGAAGCUGGAAAACCUUGUAGUCAUCUAUGACAACAACCAGGUCACCUGCGAUGGACCUCUUGACUGGAUCAACGAGGAAGAUGUCAACGCAAAGAUGCGUGCGUGCGGCUGGCACGUUCUAGAGGUCGCCGACGGCUCAUACGAUGUCAAAGCCCUGGUCUCGGCCCUUGAGUACGCCCGGACACUUACUGGCAAGCCUGUGUUUAUCAACGUUCGUACUAUCAUCGGGCUUGGGACCGCCAACGCAGGGACUUUCAAGGCACACCACGGUGUCUUUGAUGCCGAGAGCGUGGCGCUUUCCAAGACCCUUGCUGGACAGGAUCCGUCAACCACGCACCAGAUCCCAGCAGCCUCACUAGAGUACUUCAGGGAGAGGAAACAGCACGGCCAGAAACUUCAGAGCGAGUGGGACGAUCUCAUCAAGCGGUACCAGUCGGCCCACCCAGAUCUGGCCAAGGAGUUCCUUAAGAGGGUAGCGGGCGACAAUGGGGACGCCUGGCGUAGUGUGCUGGAGAAAAUCGACUCGGGCAACUUUGGCGACCAGGCUACCCGUGAGGUAAGCGGAACUGUAAUGGAGAGUCUAUGGAAGACCCACCCAGCACUUUUCGGAGGUGGCGCCGACCUCGUCAAUUCCAACAAGGUCCCCUAUGAAGCCCACGAGGUGUUCCAUCCGACCUCGGGCUACUCAGGGCGCUAUCUACGGUACGGCAUUCGUGAGCAUGCCAUGGCGUCCAUCUCCAACGGUAUCGCGGCUUACAACCCUGGGACCUUCCUCCCGUUUACGGCUACUUUCUUCAUGUUCUUCAUCUAUGCCGCUCCUGGUGUCCGCAUGGGUGCCUUGAGCCACUUGCCCGUCAUCCACAUCGCGACGCAUGACUCUUUCGCCGAGGGCCAAAACGGCCCGACGCAUCAGCCCGUCGAACUGGACUCUCUGUAUCGGGCAAUGCCAAAUCUGACGUACAUGCGGCCAUGCGACGCCGAAGAGGUGAUCGGCGCCUGGAUGCUCGCGCUGGCCAAGACCACCGGCCCGUCCAUGCUCUCUCUCGGCCGUGACCCCGUCGGCCCCGUGCCGAAUACCGACAGAUUCAAGGUCGCCAAGGGCGCGUACGUUGUCGUGGAAGCCGAAAGCCCAAAACUCGUCCUGACCAGUUGCGGCACCAACCUACACUACGUCGUCGCGGCGGCCGAGAGCCUGUCCGCCUCCGGGAUCCCCACGAGGGUGGUCAGCGCGCCGAGCUUCGAGCACUUUGACGCGCAGAGCCGGUCGUACCAAGAGUCGGUGUUCCCUCUGGAUGGCAUACCUAUUGUGAGCGUUGAGGAGUACAUCGCGACAACCUGGGCGCGAUACGUGACGGCGAGUAUCGGCAUGACGGGGUACGGUUACUCGGCUUCCAAUCCAAGCAACUAUGACAGAUUCCGUCUGGACGCGAAAGGGAUAGAAGCAAGGGUCAAGGAUUAUCUGAAGACUUUGGAUGGAGGCGACGCGAGGAAGGCGGGAUGGAAGGCAAUCUGA